AUGCCCAAGUCCAAGCGCAACAGAGUGGUCCACAUGACCCAGGUGGCCAAGAAGACGCGCGAGCACAAGGACCGCCUGUUCGAGACCAUCCGCGAGGCCGUCCCCGAGUACCAGCACGUCUUUGUCAUCAGCAUGGAGAACACGCGCAACACGCACAUCCAGGAGGUCCGCCAGGAGCUGUCCGAUAGCCGAAUCUUCCUCGGAAAGACGACCCUCAUGUCCCGCGCCCUCGGCAAGACCCCCGAGGAGGCCGUCGCCGACAACAUCGACCAGCUGGCGCCGCACCUGUCGGGGUCCGUGGGCCUGCUGCUGACGAACCGGGCGCCGGCGGACGUGCAGUCGUACCUUUCGUCGCUGUCGGCGGUCGACUUCGCGCGGGCCGGCACCGAGGCGAGCCGGGGCUUCACCAUCCCCGCGGGCCACGUCAUGUCCAUGGGCGGCGAGAUCCCCGCCGAGCACGACGUGCCGCUGGGCCACACGCUGGAGCCCGAGCUGCGCCGCCUGGGCGUGCCCACCCGCAUGGUCCGCGGCCGCAUCGUGCUGGGCGAGGAGGACGGGUCCGGCGAGGGCUACGUCGUCUGCCGCGAGGGCGACGUGCUCGACUCGCGCCAGACCCGCCUGCUCAAGCUGUUCAGCGUCUGCAUGAGCCAGUUCGCCGUCCACGUCCGCGCCUACUGGAGCGCGGCCACCGGCGAGGUCACGGUCGUGGACGUGGCCGACGCCGACGAGAACUAG